CCUCCCCCCUUCCCGCUCUCUCUCUCGCUCUCUCUCGCCUUUCUGUGAGGUGGUGUUGGCGGUGGUGGUGGUGAUGAUGAGCGGUACGGAGCCUUCCUCUCCCUCUUCUGCUAGGACUUCCAAGGGCCUUAUGACUCGCCGCUCCUCCAAGCCCUCGCUCUUCUCCGACGGCCUCGUCUUCGCGGGUGGAGCCGGCGUCGCCCUCCUCGUCUUCUGGGUCGUCUCGACCUUCUUCUCCGCUGUCACCGUUGUAGACCCUUCCGCUUUCCCCUUCUCCGUCUCCUCUUCUGCGGCCUUCCCUGACCUCCACGAUCGCGACCCUCCCGGCGCCACCUUCUACGACGACCCUUCCGUCUCGUACACCAUCGACCGCCCGCUCACCGGCUGGGACGCGAAGCGCCGAGACUGGCUCCGCCUGCACCCGGCCUUUGGCGGGUACGGUCGCGAGCGGGUGCUCAUGGUGACCGGGUCCCAGCCGGGCCCCUGCCGCAACCCGGUGGGCGACCACCUCCUCCUGCGCUUUUUUAAGAACAAGGUCGAUUACUGCCGCCGCCACGGCAUCGAACUUUUCUACAACACCGCCCUCCUCCACCCGGCCAUGAACACGUUCUGGGCGAAGCUCCCCAUGGUCCGCGCCGCCAUGCUCGCCCACCCGGAGGCGGACUGGGUGUGGUGGGUAGACUCCGACGCCGCCUUCACCGACAUGGACUUCGAGCUUCCCCUGGAUCGCUACCGGGAUCACAACCUGGUGGUUCACGGUUGGCCCCGCCUGGUGUACGAAGCCCGCAGCUGGGUCAGCCUCAACGCCGGCGUCUUCCUCAUCCGCAACUGCCAGUGGUCGCUCGACUUCAUGGCGGUGUGGGCGGCUACAGGCCCCAUGUCCCCGGACUACGACCGGUGGGGCCAACUCCAGAAGGCGGAGUUCAAGGACAAGCUGUUCAACGAGUCGGACGACCAGUCCGCGCUCGUCUAUCUCCUCCUCAAGCACAAGGACCGGUGGGGCGACAAGAUCUUCCUGGAGAGCGACUACUACUUCGAGGGCUACUGGGUGGAGAUCGUGGGGCGGCUGGAGAACAUGACGGCCAAGUACGCGGCGGUGGAGCGGCAGGUGCAGGGGCUGCGCCGGCGGCACGCGGAGGUGGCGAACGGGGCGUACGGCAGGCUGCGGGACGGGCACCUGUCAGGGGAGGAUGGAGCGAUGAGCGGGCCGAACGGCUGGCGCCGGCCCUUCAUGACGCACUUCACGGGGUGUCAGCCCUGCAGCGGCGACCACAACAAGAUGUACAGCGGGGAGAGCUGCUGGGAGGGCAUGCAGCGGGCGCUGCACUUCGCCGACGACCAGGUGCUGCGCGACUACGGAUUCCGCCACGCCGAUCCCCUCAGCGGCGACGUCGAGCCGCUGCCUUUCGAUUACCCGUCCGCGGCGUGAAGGUUCGUCGCGACAGUGAUGUCUGGCGAACGUUUCCACAGUACAACAAAUAUAUUAUUUUCAGAAAAAGAAGAAUAGUAGAAAUAUAAAUAAAAAUAAACAGAUAUUUUAGAGUAAAAAGUGCUUUUCUUUCCGCUUUCUUUUUCUUUUUCUUUUUUCUCUUUAGGAACGAAUAAAUUCGAAUAUGUUCCUUCUUUUCCUCGUUGGGAGGGAAACGGUUUCCGAUGGCGAGCCAUCACGAGAAACGCGGCGGGUUACCGGUCGGAUCUCCUUGACGAGCGAAACGCGAGGCGACGGUUACGUCAAUGCCGACGGAACAAAAUCCAUCACGCACCUUCAUCGACGGAAUCGAAUCUUAAAGUCUGACGUGUAUCGGCAUCCGAUUGGGUUGGAGGCCCAAACUCUAAUCCACAGUCUGUUGGGCUGAUUUGAAUUA